AUGGCUGCUGAUCAAAAGAGGAAACGAGUAAAUGGAGCAAGCAUUGUCAGUUAUGGUGCUAGAGAGCAACACAGGACCAAAAGAAAGAAUCUGGAUUUAGUUCCAAAUGACAUGAGAUCCCACAUCUCUGUUGAAUGGGAUAGAAACAAGAAAAUAGUUGGUGCCAAGCAUGAACAAAUUGGUAUUAGUUGGAGACACAUGAAACCGUUUGUCAAUUAUGUUUCUAAUGAUCAUAAAGUCUUGGCAUAUGUGUUUAGAGUGCCUCAAGAAAUUUUUGAUUUAGAUAAUUUAAGUGAAGUGCUUUCAUAUGAGGUUUAG